AAUCUCAUAGCCGGCUCUUAUUCUUUCUUUCCCUAAUCAAAUAAUAUACAGAGACAUCGCCGAAUUUGUUUCGCCGAAAGAAACCGAAGGGCACCGAGACGAUGUCGUACGACGACGUGGAGAUAGAAGACAUGGAAUGGAACGAAGAGCUCAAAUCAUACACUUACCCGUGCCCUUGCGGCGACCUAUUUCAAAUCACCAAGGAAGAUCUCCGCCUCGGCGAGGAAAUCGCUCGGUGUCCUAGCUGCUCCCUCUACAUCACUGUCAUUUACAACAUCGAAGACUUCAUCGGCAGCGACGACAAAUCAAAAAAUAAGAAAAAUCUCGAGCCUGCAAAGCAGCAGCCUGUCGUAGUCGCUUGAAUCAUAAAUUCGAGGUUUUACUUUUUAAUUAUUGGACUCGAGAGGUUAGCUGCUCAGAGUUAUAAUUUUGUUUCUUUUUCCUGAGGAGAGUUACUGUUAUGGGUCUCUAUAUUCUCCAUGAUUGUAUUCUUUUGGAUUUCUUAGCGUUAGGGGUAUACUUUGAGUGUUGUAAGGAUACUAAAUGAGAAAAGUUUGAUGUUUUGUAUGAAACACGAUUGAAUUUAGUUUGAAACCGAGAAAUUCAAUGUUUUGGUA